GGCCCAGGGCUCGCAGGUGAGGCCACCGGAGAGGCGCGGUGCGCGCUGUCCCCUGGGACCUCCCACCGCACGCUGUCGCGGCUUGUCCCAGACGAUGUCUCCGCUCUGGGCCUUGCUGGCCCUCGGCUGCCUGCGGCUCUGCUCAGGUGUGAACCUCCAGCCUCAACUGGCCAGUGUGACCUUUGCCACCAACAACCCCACCCUCAGCACCGUGGCCUUGGAAAAACCUCUCUGCAUGUUCGACAGCACAGCAGCCCUCAGUGGCCCCUAUGAGAUUUACCUCUACGUCUUGGUGGACUCGGCCAGCUCCAGGAAUGCGUCUGUGCAGGACAACACCAAGGCCCCGCUGAGCUCCACGUUCCGGCAAACAGAGGGGGGGAGGACAGGCCCGUACAAGGCCUCGGCCUUUGACCUGACCCCCUGCAGCGACCUGCCCAGCCUGGAUGCUGUAGGCGAUGUGUCCCGGGCUUCUGAGAUCCUGAAUGCCUACCUGGUCAGGGUGGGCGACAAUGGGACCUGCCUGUCUGACCCCAACUUCCAGGGCCUCUGCAACCCGCCCCUGUCAGCAGCCACGGAAUACAGAUUCAAGUACGUCCUCGUCAACAUGUCCACGGGCUUGGUACAGGACCAGACCCUGUGGUCUGACCCCAUCCGCACCAACAGGCUCACCCCGUACUUGGCAAUCGACACGUGGCCGGGCCGGCGAAGUGGCGGCAUGAUCGUCAUCACCUCCAUCCUGGGCUCCCUGCCCUUCUUCCUGCUCCUGGGCUUUGUCGGUGCCAUUGUCCUCAGCCUCGUAGACAUGGGCGGUUCUGAUGGGGAAACCACGCAUGACUCCCAGAUCACACAGGAGGCCGUCCCCAAGUCCCUGGGCACCUCGGAACCUUCGUACACAUCUGUGAACCGAGGGCCGGCCCUGGACAGGGCGGAGGUAUUUGCCAGCAAGCUCCAGGACUGAACCGGGCACCUCUCCUGGGGGGCAGCGUUCUCCCCUGACCCCACCCAAGGUGAAAUACCUGUUGGUCCACCUGCACGAAAACUUUUAAUAAAAUCUC